AAUGUCUUGUUGUAAUUGAUAAAGUCCUUUAGCAGUUAUAAAAUAAAAUUAUUUUUACAAAAAUUUACAAACAAACUAAAGGGCAUCAAUAUGUGAUACAAAUAUGCAACGGCAAAAUAAAGUGUUUGACAAAUCAACCAUGGAGAAGUAAACAAUAUGUGAUUUUUUUGGUCUGCAUAAUCGACCAAAUGUGUCCACAAUUGAAAGAAUUGUUUUCAAAUUUCAGAAGACCAGGUCUGUAGGAAAUGUGAAAACACUUGUUCAUGCUCCACCAGUUUGUUCUACAGAAAACAUAGAUCUUGCUUGCAGUAGUGUGGCAGAAAAGACAUUAAUCUCAACUUGUCAUUCCAGACAAUUGAACAUCUCAUGAACAUCACUGUUGCGAAUUUUGAAGAAAGAUUUGUAUUUACAAACUUACAAGUUUGACUCAAUACCUGAAGCCUACUAACUACUGAUCAGCCUACUGAUUUUAAGAGUCAUUAUUAUGCUGAAUGGUUAUUUGAACAGAAGUGAAUGGUGACAUUACAAAUAAAAUCAUCUGCUUUGGCAAGGCUCACUUUAAUCUCAAUGGAUUCGUUAAUGACCAGAAUUUAGCAUCUGGGCAAAUGAGAAUCCAUGAGUGAUUGUUGAAAAGCCAAUGCAUUCACAAAAAGUGAUCAGUAUCAUCCUGCCAUACUUUUUCAAAAAUGAGAUCAGCCAGGCAGUUACUACGAGCAGUGUUUGCUAUUGCGAGAUAAUAAUGGACUUCUUUAGGCCACUAAUUUUGGAUAUGGAUCUGGAUGGUAUGUGCUUCCAACAGGAUGGUGCCAUUUGCCACACAUCCAACGACACAAGAAAUUCAAUCACUGUGUUAUCUUACGUUGUGAUGAUAUUAAUUGCUGCCAUGAUCAUGUGAUUCGACACCAUUGGACUUCCUUCUUUAGCGAUAUUUAAAAAAAUUGUACAUAUCAAUAAGCCAAGAACAAUUCAAGAGCUAAAGGAUAAUUUGGCACAUUAAUCACUUUCAAUUAUGUCUCUGAAUCAUUGAAAAUAUGGGCUGUCAGAUAGAGAUAUGGCAUUAAAGAUUAUUGGGUUUCAGGAUCAUGAUGUUAAAUCUAACAAAACUUAUAAACAUAAAAUAUUCAUUGGUGAACAAGACUACUGCACAGAGAAACAAGAUUCUUCUUUCAACCAUCAUGGACCACUUCAAAAAAAUGCUCAUUGUGCUGCUGAACAGAAGAGAAGAGAUGCUAUAAAGGAUGGAUUAGUGCAACUCGCAAAACUUGUUCAACAAAAUCAUUGUGAAGAGGAUUUCAAAGCAAGCAAGGCCCAAAUACUUCAAAAAGCGAUCACAUGCGUCAAUGUUUUAGUGGAAGAACAAGGUCAUCGAACUCGAGAAAUUGAAGAUUUAGAAAAACAUCUUACAGUGCUCAAAAUGAUACAAGGAAGUUAUGAAGACCUUGCAAAAUCUGUUCAUGUUUCUCAUAAAAAUGAAAUCAAUGAUGAAAUGAAGUUUGCAGUGUUUAAAUAUUUGAUGGCUAUAUUAUGGGAAUCUUUCAAUCUGACCGUCAUCAUAACUGAUUUUUCCUGUCUUACUUCAACCGUAAUAGCAUGGAUACAAGCUCAUUGCAAACCGGACAUAAUAAGAUCAAAUCUUGUAAAGUCUAUACGUAGUGUUUUAGGUUUUUCUUAAAGUAAUAA